CCGGACUUCGCUUGGUCUCUGGGCCUGGAGUCGUCGACUGUUGUGACGGCCGACUUGACGACCCCAACAGACGUCAUGCUUUCGGCCUGCGUGGCCGGGGCCAUUGGCCGGACCGAGGCGAGAAGGAGCCAUUCUGAAGGGUCGAAAAGUGAGAUCAAGGAUUGCCCGACCGGUGACAUGCUGCAUGAACCGUCGGAGCCACCACGACCCUCAGGUCUCACCGAUGGUCAGUCUGGCGGCAUGUAUCCUGAUCAGGUGCUGGCCGGCAUUUACGACACCGUCUCUGGGCCCGAUCUUCUGCCAGGCCCCAGCGACGAGCUGGCCUCGGGUCACCUAGGCGCCGCUACCGCUGCCGUCUCGAGCUUCUCGAUUGACGACCGGAUGUUGACGGCCACCGAUGACGGCCUCUUGAAAAUGGAAGCUACUGAAGAUCGCUUAGUGGAGCCUGGCAUUGGCGGCUCGGGAGGCGGCUGUGGGGGCAACGGCAGCAGCAGCGGCGGCGGAGGCGGUGGUGGUGGCAGUGGUAGUGUCGGUGGUGGUGGUGGUGGCGGCGGUGGCAACGGCAGCACUGGGGAGGGUAGCGGUAGCUACGAAGGUGUGACUCGCACCGAUUCGGACGGCCAGUCUGGAACGGCGCUUUCCCUUCGACCGGUCGUCUUCGACGAGAAUGCACCUCGGCUGGAGGCCGUCGGCUUCGAGGCUGUCGCCUCGAGUGCCCAGACAGCCUCGGUCGUUGAGCGUCAACAAGUGGCAUGCGUUGCUGUGCCAACGUCUUCGGUGAAGAGCAACCUUCCGACGGCCGUCUCGAUGAGCACCCCCACCUCACGCUCCUCGGGACAGGGCUGCACACGUCGGGGGGGGAUCGAGCGUCUCUGUGACACGUUGAAGGCUAGUGUACAGAGCCUUGCGGCUUUCGGCGGUGGCCUUGGCGACCGAGUGGCGGCCGUGACGGCGAUCAGCAGCAAUUCGCGUCACCAACAUUCCGCUGGGCACAUGGUGAUGCCGACGGUGGCAACUGCCGGUGGGCACGCAGGCUUUGGUCGGUGGAGCCGGCUGUUUCAGCCCAUUGAGGAGAAUGACACUACUGCGGCAUGUGAGCUUAGUGGCUGUGAUAGAGCAAAAUUGCGAUCGACGUUCGAAGGAAAUGAAAGGGGACAUAUACUCUGA